AUGGAAAGGAGCCAGGACUUGGGCUUGUGUUUUCCAGGCUGUUUAUCUCUGAGCGGCCCCCGCACCGUGACGGGCACCGUGGGAGGAUCCCUGAACGUGCAGUGUCAGUAUGAGGCGACAUACAGGAGUUCCAGCAAAUACUGGUGCAGAAAAGUGGUUUAUAAGCUAUGUGAGAAGGUUGUGGAGACCAAAGAGCCAGAGAGAGAAGAGAGGCACGGCCGAGUAUCCAUCAGGGACCACCCUGCACAGCUCGCCUUCAUGGUGACCAUGUGGAACCUCACAGAAGAGGACGCAGACACAUACUGGUGUCAGAUCAACAAAAACUUGCUGGAUCUCUCCUUCCAGGUGAAGGUUUCCGUGUUCCCAGGUACCACGGUGGCCAAGACCUGGACAAUCACAACCACAGGCCCACCUGAGUCACCCACCACCUUGUCUGCCGUGAGUCCCACCCACAGUGCAAGCUUCCAGGGGGACCACGAACAGAGGCCGCGCUCACAGCUUCCUCUGCUCCUGUCCUUGUUGGCACUACUGCUGCUUCUGCUGGUGGGGACCUCUCUGAUGGCUUGGGGUUUGCUUCAGAAGCAACUCAAAGCUGGCGAGAGUUCAGCGCUGUCCCAGAACCCCAGGCAGGCUGCUCCCAGAGAAGAACUUCACUAUGCCUCGGUGGUGUUUGACUCCCAGAGUCAGGGUUCUAACAGGAUAUCUGUCCAGAGGACCCAGGAGGAAGAACCAGAGUACAGCGUCAUCAGGAAGACCCAGGCCUUCGUCCUGCCUCGUGAGCUGGAGGGCUCCUCGGGCCCCAGGGAGCCAGGGCCGGCCCCCUUAGCCCUGACCCAAGUCCCCUGCCCUUGA